AUGAAUUUCCAACUUCCAUCCAUCUUCCAGCAUGCCGUCUUCAACACAUCUGCCAUGAACGGCUCCGGCCCCACUGGAUCCGGAGGACAGACGGGGCCUUUUCCGGCCGGUGUCAUGGACAGCUUUCUCGCCACGGCUGGUCGAGGCUCGCCGCUGCUGCAGGUCGUUCUCGUCAUUUAUCGAAUUCUCGGCUCGCAGCUGGGUGUGGAUCCUUCUAUUCUCCUGACCUUGCUCGGCUUCUUCUGGGGUCUGUCCAAGCUUGUUUCUCAGGUCUAUGCCCAUGUGGCCACCUUUGUCGACCGUCAUUUUAUGUGUGCCAUGUAUGUUUCUGAGUAUGACCAUAUUUACAGUCACCUCAUGAAGUGGCUGUCCCAGCAUCAAAGCAUUCGUAAUAGCCAAUUCCUCAUGGCCCAGACGGUAUGGAAGAGCGCAUGGGAGGAAGAAGAGGAGUUGGAAAGCGCUCUCUUCUUUACCGAUGGGGGUGAUACAGACUCGGGUCGUCAAUAUCUCAAUUUCUCAAACCAAGCAGCGAGAUCGAGUCCACGAUUCGUUCCGGCAAUGGGCGCGACCUAUUUUUGGCACAACGGAACUUUUUUCCGUGUACAUCGAAGGAAGGAAUCCGUCAUGGCAACUUCCGGCUGGGGGGCGACGAAAGAUACUGAAGAAAUAAGAAUUUCAUGUUUCGGACGAUCGAUUGAACCUGUCAAAAGGCUAUUAUCGGACGCAAAACAUCUGUACUACAAUGAUACGCGCCAAAAAACAACCAUAUACCGUCCCAAACAGAAGGAGCUUCGUCGCGACCACAGCAUGUGGCAACAAGUGGCAAGACGUCCUGUAAGACCCAUGCAGACGGUUGUACUGGAUAGUGAGGAGAAGCAUGGCAUCUUAGCCGAUGUGAAUGAAUAUCUUCACCCUGCCACUCCCAAAUGGUAUGCCUCUCGUGGUAUUCCAUUACGCCGAGGGUACCUUUUCCAUGGACCGCCAGGGACGGGAAAGACCAGUUUUUCUUUCGCAUUGGCCGGAGUUUUCGGAAUCGACAUAUACGUUAUUAGCUUGCAAGACAUUAAUGUAACAGAGGAAGACCUUGCAGCAUUGUUCACUAGACUUCCCCGAAGAUGCAUUGUUCUGCUAGAGGAUAUUGAUACCGCAGGCUUGAGACGCGACGGGAGAUCAGAUGAAGACGGCGAGAAGAAGGACGAUGCAACCAAGGAAGGGGUAAAGGCGGACGAGAAGACGAAAGCGGAGGACGGAGAGAAGACUAAGAAGACAGAAGAAGCACAGGUCAACGGCGUAAGUAAUGUUAAGAAGGAAGAGAGUGAGCCCAAAACCAACGGGACAAAGGACAAGAGCAGCAAGAAGAAGAAAAGUAAGAAAAAGGACGAAUCCUCAGACGAGAGUGACCAGGAUAGCGAAGAUAGCGACGACAGCAGUGAAGAUGAGCGACGGGCCAGGCGAAGACGAAAAGCGCGAAAGAAUGCCGCCAACAAGUCCAAGAAUCCGGCAGGGAAGAAAGUCCUUGCCCCGGAAAACAUCUCUCUUUCCGGCCUUUUAAAUGCCAUCGACGGUGUAGCUUCGCACGAGGGACGCGUUCUCAUCAUGACAACCAACAAACCCGAGUCGCUUGACGAGGCUCUCAUUCGUCCUGGGCGAGUAGAUGUUCAGGUAGGAUUCAAGAAUGCCUCGAGUCAGCAAGCCGGUGAAUUAUUCUACCGCAUGUACGAAGCGGUUGCGCCUCCGAAGCCGUUGAAGAACGCACCGCAAUUGAACAAGGCCGCCAAAGACAAGAAAUUGGAAAAGAUGGCUGAGAUUUUGACCCCCCAGGGACAGAAGCUCGAUAUAACGCCGGAGGAAUUGAGAAAGAUUUCAGAGGAGUUUGGUGAACAAAUACCGGAGGGCAUGUUCUCGCCUGCGGAAAUUCAAGGAUUUCUACUCAAGCGGAAGAAGGAUCCACGGAAGGCGUUGGAGGAUGCAAACAGUUGGGUUGAGGGGUUGCUCAAGCAAAAGCAGACGCAUUCCAAGGUUGUGACGGUGCAGUAG